ACAAGGAAGUGUAGGUGUGAAUGUGCAAAGAAACUAAAGUGUUAGUACAUAAUCAACUGGCGUAGAGCUGUAUGAUAACAGGACAACUAAAGUUAGACAGAAAUGUAAAAAGAAGUGACAACAUUUCUUUACAUUUAACUUGCGGAAGUGUAAUCGAACGACCGAGGCGAACAGUGUACUUCCCGAGUAAGGUUUAUUCUCUUGCCCACCCACUUUCCCCAUUGACAUGGAUGCAUCAGGAGGAUAUUGGGACAGUUGCCUGAAUGAUGAGGACCUGCCUCAGAUGGAUGGUACAUGUGAUGCUUGUGAGCCAGACGAACCUCAGCCAGCCUGUCUGGUAUGCCCACUAUGUUGCUUCGCCUUCUGCGUCAGCCAUGCAGAUGAACAUUCACAACGCUCUGGUCACCUGCUCCAACCGUACCUUCCUCUAGACCUACAGCUAGAGAAAAGACCCCUGAGAGAUCAAGAGGCAUCUGAAAACAGAUCAGAGGGGGCAGAGGCUGCUGGAGGUGAAGAGAAUAAACUGGUGCUUCAGCAUGGGGUUGGCAAAAGAGACACAGUGACGGUGGAGAGACUAAAAUGUAAGGAGCAUGGACAAGAGGGCUCACUUUACUGUAAAAACGAUGAGAGGAUCAUUUGCGUGGUGUGUGCUGUGCAGGGAGAACACAAGGAACAUGAGAUCAUUACUCUCAAAGAAGCAUACCUGUGGCAGAAGAGCAAAGAAGGUAUUGACCUUUUGGAACAAACUCAAGUAAUGGCUGAGAAAAUUAAAGUCAAAUGGACCUGUCCAGAUAUGAGUACAGAAGAACUGGAGCAGUAUGUGAAUCAGCAGUUUGAUGAACUGCACAGGCUUGUUCGACUAGAGGAGUGGCGAGUCCUGCACCUGGUGGAUCUGAAGGAGGCAUUCCUUACUGCCCAGGCUGCUGAAAGUAUUUCUGAGAUCAGUGUCCACACUGAAAAACUUCAAGAAGAAAUGGAUUCUAUCACUCAGCAGCUAGUCAUGUUGGAUAAAGUAGAGCAAGAUGGAGUUGCCCCCAAAUCUCUGGGCCCACUGCUGACUGCCAGAACACCACCUUCCCUUGGUGCUGUCAUAGAGCCUGGACGACUGGACCCUGAAGUGAGGCUGAGAGCAGGCAAUCAAAUGAGGGACCCAGAAGAUCAUUCAGUUGAUGAAGAGAAAAGAGAAGAUGCACAUAUGGGGCAUGUACCCUAAAACUAAUGGACAUUGAGACGUUCUUUUCUGCAUUAAUUAAAUGACACUAGUCUCAUUGUAUCAUAAAAAUGUAUAUGGAUAAUACUUGACUACCAUUUUUCUUAAGAAUGUAAUGAAAUAAGACUAAAUUAUUCUAUUUGCUUGAAUGUGGGAAAUUUGUUUUUCCAUCCUAUUUUAACCUGAUAGUUUGAUUAUUUUCCAGGUGUUUUUAUAUUAACCUCCUAAGACAUUUUUUUGUUGUUUGCACCAUAAUAAUUCAUUUUGUGUAACUGGAACCUGUGGCUUCAUGUUCAAAAAAAAUAUUUGGUUAUUAUACUUACUGAUUCUUACUAGCCAAAUAGCUGAAAGAAAUCUGAAAAAAAACAAGCUUGAGUCUUAGGAGGUUAAAAUAAAAUUUACAUGCAGUACUGGUGGAGGGAUUUAAUUAAAGGAAUUUAAUUUAAAAAAGUUUAAGGACCAUCACCACAUCAUGCUUCUCUAAUUAUUUUAACUAUUAAAGGGACAAUGUGAAGUA